AACACACGUUGUGGUUGUGUUGGCCUGGAGGGAUUGCAACACUGACUGUUGCUGCCUCUCCAUGUGAUCUCACCAGUGUCAGACAGGUCGUCCAGAAGGGAGGCACCGACCUGAGAGAGACUCUACAUGUUCAGAGGGACAAACAGACUUAUUGAUCUUUUUGAAAGCAAUCACCACUGGCAUAAUGGGAGAACUAAGGCAGAAGAUUGGGGUAAUGUCACAGACGAUAUGUCCAAGCUCACGGGUUUCGUCUGAGGAAGACUUAAAGGCUCCAAAUGGAGUCAAAGAAGAGAAAAUGCAGAUGAAGAGGGAAAUCUCUCUCAUCAAUGGGAUCUGCCUCAUCGUUGGCAACAUGAUUGGCUCUGGGAUCUUUGUCUCUCCGAAAGGCGUACUCAUGUACAGCGGCUCUUAUGGACUGUCGUUGCUUAUUUGGGCUCUCGGAGGCAUCUUCUCAGUGUUUGGGGCCUUGUGCUACGCUGAACUCGGCACAACCAUCACCAAGUCGGGUGCCAGCUACGCCUACAUCCUGGAGUCAUUCGGCGGCUUCCUGGCUUUCAUUCGUCUGUGGACGUCCAUCCUGUUGAUCGAGCCCGCCAGCCAGGCUGUGAUUUCACUGACUUUUGCCAACUAUCUUGUGGAGUCUUUCUACCCGACAUGCCAGCCGCCGUACGAUGCAGUCCGCCUCAUUGCUGCAGCCUGCCUCUGUAUGCUCAUCUUCAUUAACUGCGCUUAUGUGAAGUGGGGUACUCUGGUCCAGGAUAUUUUCACCUACGCCAAACUUAUGGCGCUCUUCCUCAUCAUUAUAAUAGGAAUCUUGAAAAUAUCUAUUGGGGAAACGAAGAGCUUUGAGAACACCUUCGAGGGCUCCUCCACAGAUCCAGGAGCCAUAGCUUUGGCCCUCUACUCAGCUCUCUUCUCCUACUCCGGCUGGGACACACUCAACUUUGUCACUGAGGAGAUUCAGAAUCCAGAACGGAAUCUUCCCCUGGCCAUCGCCGUCUCCAUGCCCAUAGUGACCAUCAUCUACCUGAUGACCAACGUGGCGUAUUAUGUGGUUCUAGACAUGCCCUCUCUGCUGGCCAGUGACGCUGUUGCUGUGACAUUUGGAAAUGCAGUCUUAGGGCCGUUCAAGUGGAUCAUCCCUGUUUCGGUGGCCAUGUCCUGCUAUGGAGGACUCAAUGCUUCCAUCAUUGCUGCCUCACGGCUGUUUUAUGUCGGAGCCAGAGAGGGCCACCUCCCCAACAGUCUAAGCCUGAUCCACAUGGAGCGCUAUACGCCCGUCCCUGCACUGCUGUUCAAUGGGUUAAUGGGCCUGAUCUUCCUGUGUGUGGAGGACGUGUUCCAGCUCAUCAACUAUUUCAGCUUCAGCUACUGGCUCUACGUGGGUCUCUCUGUGGCCGGCCUCAUCUACCUGAGGAAAACUCAGCCGGACAGACACAGGCCAGUCAAGCUGACCUUGUUCUUCCCCUACAUCUACUGUCUGUGCAGCCUGUUCCUAGUGAUCGUCCCUCUGUACGGAGACACCAUCAAUUCCCUCAUAGGAAUUGGCAUCGCCUUGUCGGGAGUGCCGGUUUAUUAUGUGGCCAUUUACUUGCCUGAGGAGAGGAGGCCCAAAUUCAUACACAAACUAAACACCUUUGCCACCAGGUGCACCCAGAAGUUGCUCUACUGCUGUCUGACUGAGUUCGACCCCGAGGAUGAAAUACAAGCAGGCACUAAAACACAGUGAGCUGCAGACGAAAAGCCUCGCUUUGACAGAGCGUCGAGCUGGAGGGUGACGACAUUUUUGACGUUUACCUCUGUUGGGUCUAGCUAACAAAAAGAAGUCCCAGCAGCUCAAAUCACUCUGAGAAGAGUAUGGGAAACUGAGAGCGGGAAUAAAUCUACUGAAUAAAUAUGACACUGAAACUCAGAUUUCAUUUUUUAGGUGUGUGUGAAGACUUCAUUUUGAAGUGAUGAUGAGCAGUAGUUUGUGCUGCUGCCUGUCUCAUGUAGAGAGACACUUUAUUCUCAAUGAGACAUUUUCCUAUAAACACCUUUUCCAACAGUAAGUCUGAAAUGCUACAUGAGUGCAGAACUAACCUGAAGUCACUUUUUUUAGCCUGUAGAUGGCGCACCCGGGCCGGCCUUCUUUCAGGCGCUUCCUUUGUGUGUUGCGCGCAUGGUGGGAUUUUGUCUUUUGACGUUUUCUCUCAUUUAUUUUGAAGUGAGGGAAGUUCAAAGAUCACAAUUUCCCCCUCAUAUGAUCAUAUGAAAAGCAACACUGAAACAAAGCACUUUUGAAAUUUUUAGUUACAUAUUUUUAUCGGCUUAUCUACAUGUUGUUUUUAACUCUCCUCUUAAAACCUGAGCCUUUUUUUUUUUUUUUUUACAGUUAUAUGACAUGUGGCGUGUUUGUGGUUUGUUGUGCAACUGCUACGGACGGACUGUGUUUCUUUAUCAUUUUGUAUUUUGAUUAAACUGCAAAUAUCUUUUGCAUCACA